AUGGUGAUCAUCUUAAGCAUGCCUGAAGAGAAUAGAUGUUCAAGUACAUAUAAUCAACUCAUGAAUCAGGUAAAGCAAGAGAGAACGAGAAUACCUAAAUUGCCUCAGGCAUUUCAUCGAAUGGCUUACGUUGACAUAAUCACCAAUUUGAAGUUCAAACAAAUAAGAGGGGCAACAAAAUCAGCUAGAUCAUCUACCUCAAACACGUCGUGCAACGUUGGCUGUCGUUGCAUCCCCUCUGUCGGAUCUCUUGCCGUUUACGCUGGUGAAGAACACCGCUGCUUCGUCAUUCCCACCCGCUUUCUCAACCUACUUGUGUUCGUCUCCUUACUCAACAAAGUGGAGGAGGAGUUCGGCUUCCAGACCACUGGCAAAUUCGUCCUCCCCUGCGACGUCGUUUUCUUUAAGGAGUUGUUGAACAUUCUAGAGAGAGAAAAAAGUGGAUUUGGUGCGUUAGAUUUGGAUGAUUUUUUGGAGAUGUUUUCCGAUCUGGCCUCCGAUUCAUAUUCUCUUUGUAAAAAAGAUACAAUUUAUGAUGCUCAUAUCUUCACUUCGUUGUUGUAG